UCGCCAGCUCAAUCGAUCUUUCAUCGUUUGGGACCAAAUCGCCGGCCAUGGAGAAGGUGGAGAUCGCCAUCCGCUUGCUCAGCACGUGCUACGCCGUGGGCAUCUGCGUCAUGAUCCUUCGACUGCAGGGCCAAGACACGAGUUCCAUCAUGCUGCAGGUGGUCUUCACGAUGGUCUUCACGUGUCCGUGCUUGUGGGCCAUCAUUAGAUUCUGCCGCGACUACGCGGCUCGCCGGCGGAUGGUGGUGCUGCCCGAGAAGAAGGCCAAGAAGAAGCCGGACAUCGCUGUGGCCACCGGGAAGGCGGUGCAGCGGACACAGGCCGAGAUCCUCGCGGAGCAGCGCGAGCGGGUCAAAAACUUUCACGGCGUCGGCGAAAAGAAGCUCAAGCCCAAGGCGCCCAAGCGCAAGGGCCCUCCGUCCAAGAAGAGCUGAGCUCGUGGGAACUUCCACCCUGCUGUACCAAUCGGGCGUCACUCGGUGCGCUGUUGCAGACGAGCUUCUCGCAGCCUUCGCGCUCGACGGAGACCAUGGCGAUGGCCAUCAAACACAUUACCUUCCGACGCACACGAGGGAGGACACCGCGUGGUUCCAACUGCUAUGGAAGCAGCAGCAUUAAUAUAUUUAUUGUAAAUAGAAUAGGGGCUGGUAAAACACACGAGCGCGCAGCGAGCAGC